CAUACAGCAGUCAACAUCAUGAUGUAAUUUUCUCCAAAAUGGCGGAUCGCAAAGAAGAUGACAUCUUAUCAGAAAAGGAUGAGCUGGAGAGCGAGGAUGACACCUAUGAGGUGGUGGACCUGACAGAGUACGCCCGGAGGCACCAAUGGUGGAGCAUGAUGUUUGGGAAUAACUCUGGUCCCCUCGCAGAGAAAUACUCUGUGACCACGCAGAUUGUGAUGGGAGGGGUCACUGGCUGGUGUGCAGGAUACUUGUUCCAGAGAGUAGGGAAGAUAGCUGCAACUGCCAUAGGUGGAGGGUUCCUGUUGUUACAGAUAGCGAAUCACAGUGGCUACGUGCAGGUGGACUGGAAGAAAGUUGAGAAGGAUGUGAACAAAGCAAAGAAACACCUGAAGAAGAGAACCAAGCAAGCAGCCCCUGAAAUUAACUCCUUCUUCGAGGAGGUAAAGGUCACAGAGUUUGUCAAGAAGAACAUUGUCCUGUCCAGCGGGUUUGUGGGUGGAUUCCUCCUGGGCUUGGCCUCCUAAUGGCGUCGGGGCCAAUUCACGACUGAGGAAGUCGUUACAUAGGAAGAAGGAAGCUGUCAUUACUGUGAACUGAGUCACCACACGGGAUGUUGUCAUUAACUGUGAAUCGUUGUCUUUCUCCCAGCACGGAACUAGUCAUGAAACGGGUUUGGGAGGAGGCUGAACAUGUGAAGCUGCCACUUUAUGCCCCCCUGGCUGCUCUCUUCCGUUACUGCCCAACUGAUCAGAGUCUAGCUUGUCCACCCUCUUUUUAUUCUAUUUAUCUGGUGGUUUCUGAUCCAGGAUCAGUUUUUUGGGCCUGUUGAAUAUGGAAUUUUUAUACUUCAUAUUCAUAAUCAGCUCUACCCCCAACAUCAUGUAUGUGAAAAUGUCACGUUUCUAUGUUUUGAAUCAGCAAUAUUAUAUAUAUAUAUUUGUUCACCGUCAUAUGGUUUGAAUCAAUUAGUGAACUAUGCCUACUAGUUCACUAAUUAGUGAACUAUGCCUACUCAUAAUUGGUUGAAAUCACGAUGCACACCGGAUGAUGCCAUUAUUACAAAAACAAAUUUUGACUUCAAAACAUAGAAACAUGACAUUUUCACAUAUGUUGAUGUUAGGGUAGUUCUGGAGAUGAUGAAUACAAUGUUGAAAAUGUUAGAAAUGUCCCUUUAAGUGCACAACGCGACACCUCUUGAUACACUAUGAUAUACUACUAAUAUACUGUACCACACACUAGACAUAGGAUUACUCUGCCCCUGUCUUUUACCUGGAAGAACAGGUCUAGGAUCAGGAAUAUGUCCCAAAUGCCCAAAGUGCACUACAUUUGACCAGAGCCCUAUGUAGGAAAUCGGGUGCGAUUUUAAUUUUUUAAA